CUUUUCUAACCUUAAAACAAAGUACUUUUGUUCUCAAAAACUUGUUCAUCCAAUGGAUACUAAUCUAUCUUCACAAUACAUCCCUUUAAUCAAAUCAAUCAAUAACUCAGUACUUCUUUCCAAUUAUUUUUCCUUACCCCCUAGAAUUAUCUCAAAUACUUCCACUACUCUUAUAAACAUCUCAAAUCAUAAUACAAUUCACAAUGUCUCGUUACUCAUCACCAAAUCCAGCAAAGCUAUUUAUACUUAUCAAUUCAAAUGUGAACUUAAAUCAUCAAUCAGUGAUAUACUUUUUUUGAGGAUGUUAAAAUUACCUGGGCCUUUUUCUUCAAACUCCACUAGCAACGUUCAAGAUGCAAUAUUUACUAUGGCAGCCAAUUUAACGUUAGUGCCCAAAAACCCUGCUAAAAAGGAGGAAUUUAAGGAAGCAACAGAAAAGCUUAUGGUUUGGAUGAUACACAUCACUGAUAAAUAUCCUUAUAUUGUAACUCUGGGCAAAGUUCCGAUAAAUUUCAAAGGUUACAAGGAGAAAGUAAGACAAACAUCAAUGAAAAAUAUGGAAAACAGGCCAGAUUGGGUAGUUUAUGAACACACAAAAAUGCAAAACAAGUCAGAGCUUCCUUUUCAAAUUAUAGAAAACUACCUCACCUCGGGUUCCCUUAGUUUAACUAUAUCCUACCCUAAUAAUGAUAGAAAAGUUUCUGAAUGUUAUGAUGGUACUAGGCCUGCAAAUAUUAUAUGCGCCAUCUUGAAACCUAACUACUUCUCAGAAACUGCUAAUGACAAUAUUUUGAUUCGAUCCCAAACUCUUCCAAUAUCGACAAUACAAAACCUUUUUAAAAAAAUUCCCAAAGAUAAGAAAAAUAAUUAUCGAAAAAUUAGGAUCCAUUUAACGGACAACAAUUUAUUGAGAGAUACUAUCAUGAAUAGGUUAUAUCAUUUCGACUUAACUCCUGCACCUCCAGGAAAAUCAGAUGAUUAUUUCGCGAAUCUUCAGAUAUCUCCUGACAAAUAUUUUUAUCUCAGCGGAGACAGUUAUAAGGAGGGAACUGGAGAUGUUAUUAACGAAAAAUCCAGAUUAACUUUGCAAUUCCCAACUCUCAACCAUUCGAAUUUCAAAUAUUUAUGGGUGAGAACGGAUAGGAAAGUUAUCACAAAAGCUUUUGGUAAGUUUUCGCUCAGCUCUUAUUUAAAAACGCUAGAAAAAAUUUCCGAUAAUUUUUAUUUCGAACCAAAUAUUGACGACACGGAUUACAUGUUGGGGACGGGUUUGAUCAGAACAUUUUACAGGGAAUUAUCAUUGAAUCUCGAAUCCAAUAUCAGGAAUUUUCAAACGCCUAAUCUUGCAAAGAGUGGUAGGGUGAGUAAUUAUUCUAGUGAAACUAUCCCCACAUCGUUCCUUCCCGAGAAUCCUAUUCUUGGGAAUGGAAUAGUAUCCAUUCCCGAACAAUUCAUAGAUCCUGAAACUGGAGCCCUGGAUUUUAAUCAAAUGUUACUUUUCGGGAAUGAUGUAGAUUUCCUAAAUUUUGCAAAGGACGAGACAAAUAUUGCGAAAGACGGUAAUAAUAGCGGCGAUAAAAUACGAAAUGACGGAUUUGAUAAAACGCUUUUAGACUAUGCCUGGAUUUAUGAAGAUGGUAACUUUAAAAACUUAUUCUCCUCCGCUAAAUCUUCCCUCGACUCUCAGGAAACUCUAGGCAAUCUUCCUUAUAGUCCAUUUAUUACCGGUCCAAACAUGGUUUCUAAAUUAGCCCGACCCCCUUACCUCCUAACUUGUUUUGGGCUCCGGGAAAAUUUUGGCAAAAAUUUGAAAUCCCAGAAUUUUCAAAGUCAGAGAAAUUCCCAUUUUGAGAUACUUCGACAUUUUACUUAUGAAACGGAGCUCGUCAGCAGCAUGGAAUUUUUGAAUCCCGAAAAAGGCGAUCAUUUUAAGUCCAUGAAGCGCGGUGCAACAGUUAGAUUAAAGUGUGCCGGUCUCGGUUUACCCCCUCCUAGGGUGACGUGGCUCGUCAACGGACAUCCUAUAAUAACGGCUGGCAAAUUCAACGUUGUGCGAGACCCACUAAAUCCCGUUCCGCUUUCCAUUCGCAGACAAAAUAGCAUGAUGAAACGCAAAAAGAAGAUAAUCGCACGAGUUUUGGCGCUAAAACUGAGGGCUCGAUGGAGUAGCAGCGAAAUAAAUAGCAGUAACGAUACUACCAAAAUCCUGAACGUUUUGGGCCAGGAUAAAAUUAUCGAGCCUGCUACCACCUUUCUAAAUUCUUCAUUAAAUAAGACACGUCAAUCUUACAAAUCUGACGAUGUAAAUAUUUAUAAUUAUUCGCGGAAAAAAAUACUCGACAUUCGAACCGAACUUUCAAAGAUUUACGACGAUUACUAUUAUUUUUACCAUUACUAUGGGACCAGCCUGAUUUCCAACUUAGGUGACUUGGUUAUUUCUAACGUGCAGGAGACCGAAACCUUGGGCAACACUUAUCAAUGUAGAUUGACACGUCGAGCUACGAAAAAUUCCGAAAGUUUUGAUGGAAAUAUGAUGGAGUAUGUUGCAUAUGAAGAGGGCACCUCAGAAGAUGAAAGUCUUGAUGAUUUUGAAAGCCUUAUAAGCCCACCAAUGUAUUUAGCAUUGAUAGAAUCAGACGACACGGUACCUAGGCCUCCACAAAACGUUAAAGUGACCUCUCUUAGUCCUACCUCCGUGAUUAUUGAUUGGAAUAACGAUGAUAAAUUAUCUAUUGAUUAUGAAAAAAGUAUAGCGGAAGAUUAUGCGAAUGGUAGCAAUCAGGAUUUGUUAGCGUAUAGUGUCCAUUAUACCCCUGUCUUAAACGACGAUUUUAUUUACGAUUCCAACAACCUGGAAAAACAAGUUAUUAUCGACCCCUUCACCACAAGAGCCAUUAUAAAAGAACUUAAGCCGGCCACGAAUUAUACCUUUUACGUUAUAGCUUACAACUCGUUUAGCGCUAGUUCCCCUUCAAAAUCUCUUCACUUUAUAACCUCUCAAAAUAAUUACCUUCCAUAUAUUGGUAAAACGGAAAACUUUGCUAAAACCACCAUUUUUCAGGAUUUUGUUCCGCUUAACGAUAUGCCCUCGACUGGGAUGAAAUCAAUAAAUCUCUUUUCUCAAGUUGCAGACUCCGACGACUUUUGGCUUGACAGCGAUUUUCUACUUUUAGGAAAUCAAAAUGGCGAUGCUUUAUACGGCUAUAAAACUAGGGAAAACAAUUAUUUAAAAUUGAAUUUUACGCUGAACGAUAUAAUCUCUAAUUAUGAAUCGUCGUUUUACCCUAAAAACGCGCUGUUUGUUUAUUACGAGUUUCCUAGCUUCAUUAUCGGAAAUGAAAGUUGGUGGAGACUUCUGUAUACAGCCUUUAAUGCAUCACAUCCCAGGGCACGCGACCUACCACUCAUUUUUGCCAAUAAAGAUUUUUCGAAGAAAAUUUCUACCAUCGAUUUAAACGGAACAAAUAUAGUUUUAACGAGCAAUAAUAAAGACGAUAAAAACAAUUAUGUUAAACUUUCGGGUUUGAUCGAAUCUAAAACUUACGCUCUGGCCUUAGCCCUGCACACGAUUCAUACUGACAAAUGCCCAACUUGUUUUACCGAUAAAAUAUUCGGAGAUUGGGCUCUGUUUAGAUUCAUUAAAAUGCCAAGUAAUCAAACUUCUUUCUCUGACUUGAGUUAUUAUCCCGAAAACGACACUUUAAAAGCGUCAAAUGACUUAACAUUAGACCAUUUCAAACCGUGGUUACUUCUCACUAUUUGUGUGUCUGCCAUAGUUCUUUUAGGCCUUAUAAUCGCAACUUUAUACUUAACCAUCUAUUUUAAACUUAAACGGAAAAGAAAUGGGAAUGUCAAGGGGAAAAUUCCCGAAAAGAAGUCAGAUCGAAAGGAUUCAAAGUAUUUUGAAGACUUGAAUGGGUACUCGCACCUGGCCCGUGGUUAUAAUGGGAAAACCAACAGUUUUAGCAUAGACGAAAAUCGUAAUCGAAAUAUGUAUUGCAAUAGCCCAUUGAUCCAUAAAUCAUUAGAAAAUCACCAAUUACAACUGCUCAAGUCCCCACUUAUUCGCAAUGAUUUUAUUAUUGAUUCUAGAAGAAAAUCAGAUGGUAGUAUUUUUGAUGUAGUUUAGAGUUUGAUGAACUCGAUUUGUAAUCCCUCAAAAAUAUUCUAAUUUAUUUUAAUUUGCAUCAGGUAGCUUGCGUUCUUAUUUAAUUUUGAAAAAUCAAAUAUUCUAUCGGCUCAAUUUAUGCUUCAUCUAUCACCACAUUAUUUUUUAUAAUUCUAGUCCUCUCUUUUAAAAUAAUUUACUAUAAAUAUUUAGCCUAAAUUAUUGCUUAUUUGAGAAAUAUAAUAUUUCUUUUUUUUUGCCGAAUAUUUUUAACUACAAUACAAGUAUACCUUUCCCCCUUAGCCGAUUAACGCGACUUAUCUGAAAAUAAAAUGAUUGACAAGUCUUGUUUUUUUAAAAGAUAGCUUUGAAACCUUAUUCGUGUCAUCCUCAUUUUUCUCUUAACUAUCCUAACCAACCAAAUAAGAUAAUCUCAAUCGCCUUAUUUCUGAUAACUUGUUUUACCCGUUUUAUCUUCGUUUUUAAUAUUUCAAUUCAAUUUUUUAUAUUGAAAAUUU